AAUUAAAGCCAUCUCGCUCGCCUCUUCUUCGAGCCACCACCACAGCUCAAGAAAAAAGAGGGCGGCCCGGUUCUGAAAGAAAAAGAGACAAAAAGACAAGGGAGAGAGAGCAGAGAAGGAUGAAGAAGACGACUCUUCUUCUCUUUAUUUGUUUUCCACUCUUUUGCUUGGGAUAUUUUGUAUUAUGAAUCGAGCAUUGAUCCAUCUCUCCUCCCAUUCGGUGGCGCAAAAAUGGCUCUUUUAUCUCUCUUCGAUCAUCUUUAUUGUCGAGAGGAGAACUUGGAAGAGUUUGGCGAAGAAGAAUUCGAGCAAUCUGUGCCGGCGACGCUUCUUUCGACGCCCCGUGAGUCCGAGCGCCACCUUCUCUCGGCGACGGAAGUUGAGCCCGAGGAGGAGUGGGCGGAGUUGCUCUGCUCUCUCUUGUCCAAAGAAGGGGAGUUUCUCCCGAAACUCUUUCCCGACGGCGCCGAUUUUUCUUACCUCCAAUCGGCGAGGAAGGUUGCGGUGGAGUGGGUCGCGCGGGCUGCGCGGCGGCACGGCUUCGCCGCCCUCACUGCGCUUCUCGCCGUGAACUACCUCGAUCGGUGCUUCCUGCCCUGCGACGCCCGGGGGGAGCUGCUCCGCCUCCAGGACGACAAGCCAUGGAUGGGGCGACUCGCGGCCGUGGCGUGCCUCUCGUUGGCGGCGAAGGUGGAGGAGACGCGUGUCCCUCUCUCCGUCGACCUCCAGAUGCCCGAGACCCCGGAAGACGGCGGAUUCGUGUUCGAGCCCAAGACCGUCCGGCGGAUGGAGCUCCUGGUGCUCUCCGCUCUCCGAUGGAGGAUGAACCCCGUCACUCCCCUCUCCUUCCUCCACCAUUUCAUCCCUCGACUCCAUUCGAAGGCUAAAUCCGCUGGAACUGACGCCGGCGCUGUCCGCCGCAUCCGCGCGCUGCUUAGGAGGUGCGAAGCGACUCUGCUGUCUGCAAUGGCCGAUGGGAGAUGGGUCCGAUAUCCGACGUCGGCGUGGGCAGCAGCGGCAUUGCUUCAGGCGACGGAAUCCAGCGAAGGAAGCGCCACGGCGGCGGAAGUGCAAGAGACCCGCCGCCUCAUUUCCCUCCUUAAAGCUCCCAAGGAAAAGGUGGAAGAAUGCCACCAGGUAAUCUCGGAAACAUCUCGAACCGGCAUGAUCGGCCACAAGCGCAAGCUUUCUCCCUCUGAUCUCCACUUCUGUCGGUCGCCGCCAAGUCCCAGCGGAGUGAUCGGUUCCUGCUUCAGUCGUGAGAGCUCCUACGACUCGUGGGCUCCUCCUCCUCCUCGAAAGAGAAGCAACUGCAACGUGAGCGACACUCCAGCAGACAACAGAGACGGAGAAAAACUAAGAUUCACUAAUUAACGUUUUGCCUAUGGAUCAAUAAGAAAUCUUUCUUUUUUA